UAAUCAAUUUUCAACUGAAAUAUUACUCAUUGCCUAUUUAUUCACUGUUGCAUUAUUUUGUAUACUUGUUUUCGAAACUAAAUUUGAUUUGAUUGUUGCUCAGUAGGUAUCUUGUAUUUGAGAUAUUUCUGUACUUAUGCCUAGAUAUCAAUUACUCAUUUGUGGUAAACAUACAUGGUUUGAAAUUUGUGGGCUGUGUGUGUAUUUGCUGUAAGCAAAAAUUAAUAUUAAUUAAAGAAGUAUGAUAGAAACCACGUUGUAGUAGUAUCGGUAGAUUUGUUGAUAAAUGUUUAAACAAACGACAUUUUUUCAAAAUGAUAUUACACGUUGGGCUCGUGUUUCUCUUCCUUACUUGCGCUAAAACAACAAAAGAUGUUUAUAACGGAGCAGGUAGCGCAGAAAACUUAGAUAGUGUACGCAGUAAUUUACCAUCAAAUAGAUAUAUUGCAAAAUUGUCGCAAUUACGAAAAAGAGAAGCUGAUUUAUCACCGAAGAUAAAUAAUGAGAACUCUGAUAUUAAAACCCAUCUAGAGAACACAGAUUCUAGUAUCCAAAAUGUAGAUCAAGCCAGAAAUUUACAAAAUGUUACUUCUAAAAAUGGAACUACAGCAAACAAAAAGGAAGAAGCUUUACCAAAUGGCCUAAGUGAAGGUACUAUUGGUAAAGUAAAUGUCAAUUCAGAACCAGUGUUGUUACCACAACCAUCAGCACAACCUGCUAAAAAGGUCGAAAAUAAUGUUCAAAAGAAUGAGACAAUGACUUUGAAAGAUAAUAAUUCAAAGUUAAAUGAAACACAAGUACUUCCGAAAACAAAUUCUACAGUUACAAAUUCAACAAUUCAUGCGACAGCUACUGAAGCUGAAAGUGCUAUGGAUCUUGAUAACCCUGGUGUUGUUAAAAGAGGUCUGAUUGUUUUUGGUGGAUUUAGUCUUCUAGCUAUUGCGUAUUUCAUAUUUUACAGAAAGAAGAAUAAGAAAUAUGACGGUGGGAACAUACACAACGCUAGUGAUGCUAAUCAAUUUAGAUACGGUGUCCUCCAGUCUGACGACCGGAGAGAUAACCUUGAACUGUCUCGAAUACCACUAACGAUGGAGUCUGAUGAAGACGAGGACGAAGAUUUGGAAAUAUUUGACCUGGAACAGAAGAAAAAAUCUCUUUCAUAUGUUAAUCUUCAAACUAAUGAUGAAGAUAUUGUACUGCACAGCUCAAAGGAUGAAUCUAAGAACAAUCUUUUGUUAGAUAUAGAGGAUGGGACAUCUGAUACAUUGAUAAAUUGGUCUAGUAGUGGCAAUAAGUCAAUAUUAUAAAUCAAUGUUUGUACAAAAAAUUAUUUCUAUGUUGAUUAUGAUUAAGCUAUCAUAAUGACAAGUCUUAUGUACUACAAAGUAAAAAUUGUACCUUUAUUGAAUAUAUUUUUAACUUUGUAGAAUAUAAGUAAUACAUUUCUUAUUAGGGUAGAUUAUUAUCUAUUGAUAAGCAACAUUUUAAUAUUUAAUGUCCCUACUUUAUUUCGUUUAAAGUAUGUAUAUUAAACUUUAUUUUAUUUUCUUAA